AUGACACUAGCUGCUUUCUUAAAGGUUAAUCUGCCGACUUUCAGAGGAACGACAAAUCCUACUGAAGCAGACAACUGGUUCCAAGCUGUGGAGCAUGCACUGCAGACUCAGCAUGUCCCAGAUACUCAAUUCGUCGAAUUUGCGAAUGUGGAUAUUCCAUGGAAGUUGUUUCGGGCUACUUUCUACAGAAAGUAUUUCCCGGAAUCAGUAAGGGACGCUAGAGAGUUGGAGCUUAUGCAGCUAAAACAAGAUUCAGAGAUUUUAUUAGUGAACAAAGCAAGGGUUAUUGAGGAUAAUGCUAAGAAAGUGGCAUUGGCAUGGGAUACUCAUGGAGGCAACAACAAUCAAGGCCGUAGAAAGCAUUUUCAGCCUAGAGCCCAUAACUUCAAAAGGGGAGGACAUGCUUCUCAAUACCCCCAAGGUCAAAAAAACUUCAGGAGAGCCAACUAUGAUCAAUUUCAUCAGGCAAAACGAAGAGUUGGAUGCUUUACUUAUGGAUUUUCUGGACACAUGUCAAGGGAUUGCCCUCAUGGGAGAAACCAAAAUGUAGGUCAGAACCAACAACAAGACCGAGUAUUUGCUAUGAAUGCCAACGAUAUUGCUAAGUCGGAUCCUUUGAUGACAGGUAAAUGUUUAAUUGGUGACAAGACAUUAAUUGCUUUGUAUGAUACGAGAGCUUCACAUUCAUUCAUUGUAUUUGAUAAGGUUGUUGAACUAGGGUUAAAAAUCUUAGACUUAGCUUUUGAUUUGCACGGGCAUACCCCGUCUCAAACAGUUGUGACUAGAUUAGGUUAUAGACAGAUACCUUCCAAGAUUGAGGAUAGAUCUUUUGUUCAUGACUUAAUUUAUUUGUCGAUGGCUGGGUUGGAAAUUAUUUUGGGGUUUGAUUGGUUGUCAAAGAAUCGAGUGUUGUCAGAUUCCUUCAAGUGA